UUGGGAAUCACGUGGACUUGACCGAAACAGAGAGAGAAAGAGAGAGAGAGGGGGUCGAGCACGAGAAGCAUCAUCAGUUCAGAGCAGUCACCGAAACACUGAGAGGUCACCUGGAGAACCCGGAUUAACCUAAACACCCCACACUGAGCAGCAGGACGAGCACAUAGAGCAGGCGAAGAGAGGGAGCCAUGGCAGAGGGAGGCUGUCCGAAAGCGGAGGAGGAGGAGGAGGACCCUCAGUCGUUCCACGGCGAGGGCGUGUGCAAGUGUUUCAAUGUUCGGAUGGGCUUCGGGUUCCUGUCCAUGAGCACAAGAGAUGGUGUGCCUUUAGAAACUCCAGUCGAUGUUUUCGUCCAUCAGAGUAAACUGCACAUGGAGGGUUUCCGCAGUCUGAAGGAGGGCGAGGCGGUUGAAUUCACCUUCAAGAAGUCCUCCAAGGGUCUCGAGUCUCAGCGUGUGACGGGUCCUGGAGGAGCUCACUGUCUGGGCAGCGACAGGAGACCCAAAGGCAAGAGUGUCCAGAAACGCCGGCCCAAAGGAGACAGGUGUUAUAAUUGUGGCGGUCUGGACCAUCAUGCCAAAGAGUGCAAGUUACCUCCUCAGCCCAAAAGAUGCCAUUUCUGCAAAAGUGUCGCACACAUGGUCGCCAACUGCCCCGCCAAAGCCCAGCAGUCGUCUCAGGGGUCUCAGGGAAGGUCUAGCGGUGUCGAAGAGGAGAAAACGGAGCACAGUCAUUCCCCGUCACCCACCAACUGAGACAGCAGAGGACGGUGGGACCACGCUUGAAAACCAAUCAUAUCACUAUACUGGAAAAGAAAAAAAACAUGCUAAUGCUGCUGUUGGAAAUCCCUCAGGUCUAUAAAAGCAACAGAUGCGAAGAAUGUAUCUUUUUUUAUUAACACUCAGGAAUACAGCUGCACUCAGGAAUUUCAGUACAAUGUUUGGUGUGUUUAUACAAGUAAUCUCCUAUCUCAUUAAUGCUACGUUUAUAUGACAACAAAGUACUA